UCCGUGUAAUAUCGGAUUCGCAAUCACAACAAAAAUAUCACGAUUAUCUUGAUAUGAGAAGUUGUAUUUCUUCAUGAAUAGGAAAUAUGGAGCCGAUAGAAAUCAAAAACGAGCCUAUAGACUUGGAUGACAAAAAUCAAAUAUGCCGUCUUUGCUUAAGUGAAGAAUCUCUGGAAAGUGUGUUCAAAGAUGAAGGUCUCCAUAAAUGGAUUUCGAAUUUUUUGUCAAUUGUGGUAUCAACAGAAGACCGCAUUAGUCAAAAUAUCUGCGCUAUAUGUCGUAUACGAUUGAUUGAAUUUCAACAGUACCGUCUGAGAUGCCAAGAAGUGCAAGGUGUACUGCAGGCUAGGCUGCAAGAUGAAGAUCAUGGUAAUAGUACAAAAUCGAAAACGCAAUCGCCAAUUAUUGCAGAAGCCAAGAAAAGUGCUCCACCGAUUCAAUGUGAGGUCUGCCAUAAGGUGUUCAUUGUUCAACGACAACUGGCGGAUCACAGGAGGGUUCACAGGCCUAAGAAUGAAUGCAAAUGGUGUGGAAAAGCUUAUGUAGAACGUCAACGGCUGGAGAAGCACCUGAAAACUCAUGAAAAUGAAAUACUUGAGGAACAGGAGAGAACAAAGUCUGUGGAAAACGUGCCAAUUGCAGAGAAAAUCCAAACAGUUGAGUCUCAGGAACAAAAUGUUGAGCCAAGCACUGCAUUAGAACAAAAUAAAUCCUCUGAAAACUCCAAUAACGGGAAUACUGAACUAGGUUCAAAACAGGUGAAACUGGAAACUGAUUCUGUUAGUUCGUCAUUUGUGCUUGAUACGGACGUCAGUGUUCGCGAUGCAGAGGGACAAGACGAACGGCUAUCUGGUGUUGAUGAUAUUAUUGACGUAGAGGAAACGAAAAUCGAAGUACGUAAUGAUGAAGACGAAGCUGAUGAGUUAGAACCGGACGAAGUUGUUUCAUACGGGCCGGGAAAUCUACCAGAUAUCUCUGAAAAAACUCAAAAAGAAGAUAAUUGUCAAGGCCAACAAUUCCAGUGCCCCGUAUGCAGUAAAAUGUGUAAAUCCAGGCAGUCACUGUGGUGUCACAAUAAGGUUGUACAUGGACCGAAAAACUAUCCUUGCACCGUUUGUGGAUUUCGUUUUGUUACAGAAAGAGAUUUGAACUAUCAUUUUCGGAGUAAGAGACAUUUGAAGAAGGUGCAGGAUACACACGAAGAAAGCGUUGCAGAGAGUACGGACAAAGACAUGGAACAGAGCAGUACACCUCAUGAACCAGAUAGUGAUAUCAAUGGUGAAGCCAAAGCUAAAAUUGAUUCUGCACCAGAUGAGCCAUCCAUCAACAGUGAUAAGCCUGAUUCGCCGAAGCUCUCAGUGAACAAUGAAUCGCUUGCACAAGAAAUUCCGGAUGAUCAUCCUAUGCAAGACGAAGUGGUUCAUGAUCAUAGUUCUAAUGUCGAGCAAAGUGGUAACACUGAUAAUAGUGAUAGUAGAUAUGUAUGUGAAAAGUGUAAUCCUUCAUUCAAUCGACAAUGUCAGUUGAAGAAUCAUAUGAAAAUUCACGAUGACGAAUCGAUCGGUGUGAAUGAAGCAGGGUCUAGCUUGUCUGAGGAAGAUGAUUCAGAUUAUGGACAACGUGCUUCAAAUAAUGAAUAUUUCAUAGAAGGUGCUAACGGUGAACUACAGUUGCAAUGUGACUUAUGUGACAGAGUUUUUCAAGAAAGGAAGAGACUAUUGGAUCACAAGCGACACGCACAUGGACCAAAAAAUUAUCCAUGCACCGUAUGUGGAAAACCAUUUGUGCUGAGGAGUUCUAUGGAAAAACAUAAGCUAACGCAUCAACCUGAGCGUAAGAAGCGCCGUUUGAGGACAGUUGAGGAAAGAUCUAGCGUUGCCAGACCGUUCAAAUGCGAUGUUUGCCAGAAGACUUUUGAGCGUAGUAGGAACUUGAUAGAUCACAAAAAAUAUAUACAUGGACCAAAGAAUCACGAGUGUGAAAUUUGUGGCUUUCGAUUUUCUUUGCGAUUUUCUUUGGAUAUGCAUAUGCAGCGGCAUACACGUUAUCGUGACAGCAAAGAGGAUUUCCUACAAUUCCAACAGAUUAUACAGAAAGAAAAAACAACAGUUAAAGAAGAGGUUGGUGGCGGAGAGGAAUCCAACAGCAAAUCAGCGAAAGAUCCCAAUCUGGGCUCCACAGAAAAUAAAGAUGAAACAACAACUUGUGGCAAAUGCAACAGAACAUUUCCAGAUCUGCGAUUCCUAUGGCUGCAUUACAAAUAUGCACACAAAAAGAAAUUAAAGUGCUCUAUGUGCAACGUAUUAUUUGCGUCAAACAAACGACUGGUUAUCCAUAUGUUGACGAAACAUAAGAAAGAAGAUGGAAGCUAUCAACCCUUGCAGUGUGAGGAGUGCAACAAAGUAUUUUCAACUACGAGCCAGCUAACGGCUCAUAAGAUAGUCCAUGGACCUCGAAUUUAUUGUUGUAAACUAUGCCCCAAAAACUUUUCCAGGCCGCAACAUUUGAAGUCCCAUAUGAAAUCUCAUGAAGAUGUGGGAGACGAUUUCAUGAAACCCGCUCGCAUCAGGGAAGGUUAUGAGUGUGAAAUUUGCCAUAAGGUGAUCCAGCUCAAGAAACACAUGCAGGGUCACAUCCGACGGGUACAUGGCGCAGAAUUACACGAGUGCUCUAUUUGCAGCAGACUUUUAAGGAAACGUGAGGAAUUGGAACUUCAUUUGAAAAGUCACGAUGAUGCGACAAGUCAGAAGGAAACAGAAGUAACCAGCGAUGUAAGGAAAGAUGAUCAGUCGUCGAGUCAACUCGUUAAAACAAACGAUCAAGCUGCCCAGACUACUGGAACUGAGUCAGAAGAUGCGAGCAAAAAGAGCGAAGAAACCGUAACGCAAAUCAGGGAUUCAUCUCCAGAGCCUACGGAUGUUGAGUGCGGAGAAUGUCAUAAGAAGUUUUUGAACAAUAAAUACUUAUAUAAUCAUAUACGAAACGUCCAUGAUCCAAAGCAGUAUUUGUGUUCUUACUGCGGCAAAGCAUUUUUAUCAAGUCAACUUGUGCAAAGGCAUCAGUUAACCCAUAAGAAUGACAACCAGCCACUACAUUGCGCGAAAUGCAACAAAAGUUUCCCAACCUGGAGGAAAACGUAUAUGCACAUGCGAAACCAUGCCCCAAAGAAACACAAAUGCGCUAUUUGUAGUAAAGCAUAUGCGCAACCUUCACACCUUACACAACACAUGGCAAGUCAUAAGAAGAAAGGGGAAGUAUCUGGCACCGAAACAAACUCACCGAGUCUUUCGAAAAAUGGUUCAGAAGCUGAAUCUAGUAUGACUCUUCCAGAAACCGUCGUCGAGGAUAGCCGGAACGUUCAACCCUCUGGAAGUGGUGAAAGCAAAGCAAUGCAGAAAACUGUCAAGAGGAAAAGACCGAGAAGAAAGACUUAUUCAUGCUCGAUAUGCAGCACUAAAUUUCGCUCCAAUGUGAAACUCAUCCAGCAUACUGAGACGAGCCAUCAGGAGGGGUCCAAGUCGAAUGAGAAACGGUCUGAAAUGGAUAAUUUGGCUGAAGUUGACCGCGCCGGAUCGCCCAAAGGACCUCUUCUUUUGUUUGAAGCAGAGGAAUUCAAAAUUGAACCGGAGUGAGCUGAGCUUCGCGAUGAAGGUGUUCGAUGAACCCAUUCGGCAAUACAGAAUCUCGAAAGAAUGAAUGAAUUUAGUUUAAAUUAUAAUUUUUGCGUUUCUUAUAUUAAUUGCAGAAAUAAAUAUCUUAUUUUGUGGUUCGGGGCAUUUGUGGCAUCAUA